AUGCUUCUCCUCCACCAGGUCGGCAGCCUCAAAACAGGCGAGGUCAUCCGCUAUACCAUCACAUACACACCGUCUCAAGAUCGCAUCUUACCGUCCCCCGAAAAGCUAUACCUUCGUGUGCGCAACACCUCAGCCAUCGCCCUCCGCGCAGCUUUCGUCCACGGACCGUAUACACUCAGCGCCGCCGCCUAUCCCGCUGCUUUCGACCCCAAUGAGAAAUUCGAAUACCCCGAGCGUUAUGGCGUUCCAGAGUUUGAGCCCAUGGUCAAGGCUGGUGGCUCUUGGGAGUGCGAGCUUGUAGUUCCUGUUACUAUUAGGCAGAGUGCUGGACUAGGAAGUCAUGGAGGCUUUGGAAAGGGUCCGUCUCAUGAUCAUGAGAGCGCUAGUUGGAUUGUUGAGGUUUCUUCACAGAUUCUCUUCUCGACUUCGGCUGCCGUCGGCUUCGAGGUUGUCCUCGCUCGUGACAAGAAGUCCUUAAAUCUGAGCAGUUCGAGUGCUAUGGUCGGUGGCCAAGCCCAAGUUUCGCAGCCUGGGAAGGUCAGCGACCACCAACAGGGUGUUGGGGCCAAGGAUGGGCAUCAUCCUGCGCAGCCUCGUGGUGUCUUUUCUCGGGCGGUACAAGUCAAGGUCGAAGAUACUGCAACACUGUGGAACACUCCCAGACUUCCAGGCUGGGAUGAUCAGGGUGAAGAGCGCGCUGAAGGUCGCAAAGGCCCGGACCAACAUAUAGAGAGUGUCGCCAAGACUGGUGAACCCGGAGCGGAGGACGAUACUGCAAAAUCAGAGAAGCCCAGCCAGAAGAGAAAGAAGGUCCACCUUGUGGUUCUGACGCAUGGUCUGCACAGUAAUCUUGGCGCCGAUAUGCUUUUUCUGAAAGAGAGCAUUGAUGCAGCUGUCAAGCAAGCCAAGAUCGAUGCCAAGGCUAGGCGGACCCGGGAACGAGCCGCAAGAAAACAAUCUGGCAACGGUAUUGUCGAAACAGAUUCGCACGAUACAAAAGAUAUAGACAAGGUGGACGGUGAAGACGAUGAAGAUGAUGACGACGAGGAAGUUAUUGUACGGGGUUAUUCGGGCAACUCGACAAAGACAGAGCGCGGGAUUAAGUAUCUCGGGAAGAGGCUCGCUAGAUACGUGCUGUCCAUGACAUACCCAGAUCAGCCAUUUCUACCAACAGGAAAAGGAAUGGGUGAUGCACUGACCCAUAGCUUUGACAAGAACGAUCCUCAGCAGCAGGCAGUACACAAGCACAGUUCUAUUCACCUUGGCAAGGAUGGUGCACAUUUGCACAAGGCAGAACGGCCAUAUAAAAUUACGAGCAUAAGUUUCAUUGCUCACUCCCUCGGCGGACUUGUUCAGACAUACGCCAUCGCAUAUAUACAAAAACACUCACCACAAUUCUUUGAUCUUAUUAAGCCGAUCAACUUUGUUGCACUGGCUACACCAUUUCUGGGACUGAGCAAUGAAAACCCCUUAUACGUCAAAUUCGCCCUGGACUCUGGCCUUGUUGGCAGGACCGGAAAGGAUCUUGGUCUGACAUGGAGAGCGCCUACGAUUGCACGAAGUGGCUGGGGUGCCAUUGUGGGAAAUCUGGGCGAGACGGCACACAAGAAGGUUUACGGAGAGACACAGCCUGAAUCAAAACCACUCCUGAGGAUCCUGCCAACCGGGCCUGCACAUAUAGCACUGAAGAAAUUCCGCAACCGAACAGUAUACUCCAACGUGGUCAACGAUGGCAUUGUCCCGCUUCGCACAAGUUGUCUACUAUUCCUGGACUGGCAGGGACUUGGGCGUGUUGAGAAAGCUCGGCGAGAUGCUGGCCUAGUCGAGACUGUUGUCGGAUUCGGAUGGGCUGAGUUAACAGGCUCGAACCAGGGAAACUCUUCUCGUCAGAAGCAACUUAUGUCGGGAGAACGGUCGGCGGGCCAGUCCGGUACUUCUUCACCUCGAGAAACUCAUGAGAAUAUGCGCGAGGUUCCACAGCCGUCCAGCACAGUGAUUGUUGAUGACGACAGAGCAAGUCUGCGAUCUGUGGCGACGCCAUACGGCGACGACGUUCCGUCUGACUCUGCUGAUUCUACGAACAGUGGACCAUUGGCAGGUUUUUUCAACUUUUUCAAGAGCAAUGACCCGCCAAAGCCCCCCAAUGUGUCACAGAAGCAGAAGAGGAUAUACUCCAAGAGCCAGACUCUCAAGCUUGAUGAACUAGGUGAUGCUUCAGUCGAUAAUAGCUCUGAAUCGGCCUCAGCUCAGCAGUCCAAGGUUACUACAGGACACGAGGGCGAAGAUGAGAUGUCAGCUCCGCCAAGAACGACCAUUUUUGAAUCAGCUGGUGAUCUACUUAACCCUAAGGUGCCUGAUGUUGAGUAUUUAAUUGAUCCGUCCAAACGACCACGAACUAUCUUCCACGACCGUGUUUAUCACCCAGCUGACAUACCGGGACCGCCACUGAAGAGGCGCCAAUCGUUACUGGUUAGGAGGAAGACUAGUCAACGACAGAACUCAAUCGGGCAGGCCUCGACUAGCAGCACAGGCUCGUCCCCUUACCCGGGUGUGAAUCACGAAGACAGCACACUGUCCUCCAAGGACUAUGAUGAUACAUCAAACACAAACCCGGAUAAGGAUAUUCACGAAGUCAUUGACACAUCUAACAUGCGUGUCGAAGAGAAGAUCGCGAGGGCUUAUCACAAAGACUUGUCUUGGAGGAAGGUCCUUGUCAAGGUCGAGCCUGAUGCUCACAACAAUGUUUUUGUCCGCCGCAUGUUUGCAAACGCAUAUGGUUGGCCUGUAGUUAAACAUCUGGUUGAUGCGCACUUCAGCGACUCGGCGGCCUCCCGCCUCCGCGAUGAGGAUGAGCACAAUCGCGAGCGGGCCCGCAACGUAAACGAACCACCUGAUGAGGACGGCGCGGAGCUGAAGAAGAGUCGAGACAAUUUGGCAGACAUGGUCCGAACGGACAGCGAGUCUCGGGAGGCCCUCGAUAAGGUCUCGGACUUGCCUAAGGCAUCAGAGUCGAAGAGAGGCAGCGAUGCUUCAACGCCUCAACGACCAAAGGCAGAACGAGCAGAAUCCGUGACGUGGAGUGACCGGGACUGGCACGAUAGCGACUGCGAGAGUGAUCUAGACUUCGGAGACCUACCCGGACCAACAACGCCGUCGGCACUCCAUCAGCAAGACAAGGGCAAGGAGGCGCAGGGGCCGUCGGAUGGGUGGAACUGGGCGGAGAAGAUUGUGGGCAAGGGAGCAUCACGGUCGAAGAGUCCCGUGCAUGAUGGUGGGGGGAGCUAA